UUUUCUUUCAUAAAGGCGUGUCGCGUGUCACUCUCCGGUACUUCACAGCUGUCGGUGUAACAGAAGCAUAACUUUAUUCAGUAACAGAGACAGAGAUACAGAGACAGCGGCUCGAAACUUCGACACAUACGCAGAAAUGGGAUUUUAAACUAAAGGAGUGACUGACCAGAACAUUUCCCAGAUGAAGAAAUGAGUGCUGAAGUUAAUACCAUUCCAGCGUUACACACGUUUUUGGAUUCCUGUUGGUCUAAACCGUUCAAUAGAGUACAUUCAAACGACAUCGCCCCAUGGCUUACAGCCCCCGUGGCUGUUUAUGACCCACCUGUUACCUGUAACUCUAAAAUGGACCCGGACCAGCCCAACUCGACUCCUGAUGAGUCCACAGAACUGGCCGCAGAGUUUCAGACCCAGCUCGACUUGUUCCUCAAACUGGGGUUUUCCCAGACUCAGGUCCGCGCUGCCUUCCUGAAACUCGGCCUCAGUGCAGACACAAAUAAAGUUUUGGGAGAGCUAAUACAGGCUGGUGGAGAAACUGAGGAACCCACGGGAUCCCCGGUGCUGGUUCCACGUGGGGAUGGUAGCAGUAAGGCCCGAAUUGCCCAGACACACUCUCGUAACUCUCCAGAAGAGCUUGUAGAAGAUGAAGAUGCCCUCAGACCGAUUGUUAUAGAUGGAAGUAAUGUAGCCAUGAGCCAUGGGAACAAGGAAGUUUUCUCCUGUCUGGGAAUUCAGUUAGCAGUGAAUUUUUUCCUGGAGCGAGGUCACACUGACAUCACGGUGUUUGUGCCUUCCUGGAGAAAAGAACAACCACGACCUGAUGUGCCAAUUACAGAUCAGCACAUACUACGAGAUCUCGAGAGGAGAAAACUUCUAGUAUUCACGCCGUCCAGAAGGGUGGCCGGAAAACGUGUGGUCUGCUACGAUGACCGUUUCAUAGUAAAGCUGGCGUAUGACUCCGAUGGCAUCAUUGUGUCCAAUGACACCUAUCGAGAUCUCCAGGGAGAACGUCCAGAAUGGAAACGUUUCAUCGAGGAGAGGCUUUUAAUGUACUCGUUCGUCAAUGAUAAAUUUAUGCCCCCCGAUGACCCCUUGGGAAGACAUGGUCCCACCCUGGACAACUUUCUGAGGAAGACUCCACGUUUACCGAAGAAGCAGCCGUGUCCUUACGGAAAGAAGUGCACUUACGGAAUCAAAUGUAAAUUCCAUCACCCGGAGCGAAGCAAGCAAUCCCAGCGUGCCCUGGCCGACGAGCUGCGAGACAAAGCCAAAAUUUCAGCCGCACCUCACAAACCACAGUCGAACUCUGUUGGACACAGUCAAAGUCCAUCUUUAGAGGAAGUUCUGGAACACAAACUAACCCUGGACACGAGCGGAUCCCUCAAGAAAAAUUACGCUAGCGAAAACGUACUCGUCAUCAAAGGAGCCCCUCAGCCGACUCAGAAGAAGUUUUCUUCGAAGAGAGAACACCGCCAUUCACCGCCAGGUCUGGGCUCUUAUACUUACGGAUCUCAGGAGUUUUUGGAUUCCGGUUUAGGUUCCUACGAAAGUCAAUUACCCGAAGCACCCCAGGUCGAGCGCCACUAUGAAAUCGACCACAGGAAGUCCAAACCAUCCACCGGUGGGCGGCACCAUAGCGUUCCAGCAAACAGACAACCCUGCAGUUGCUGCUCCCAUGAAUCUCAAAGCAUUAAUGGAGGUAAUAUGCAUCACAGCAUGGGUUUGCCAAACCUACCAAACCCAGAACACAGAGGUUACUCUCAACCUCGCUAUCAUUCAUACGGAGGAGGUCCGGUUUAUCCAUCCGUCAACAUGUCACAGUAUUCGUUUCAUCACAGCAGUGCUCCUCCACCUCAUCAUGGCUACUGGUCCGAUCAUUAUGGUGGUUAUCCUCCAGCGUCCCACAAUUCAGUGCAGGAAGAAAGAGGACAUGGACCUUGGUCUCAUUCCCAGCCCAAUCCUCAGUGGUCCGAGAGGGAGCAGGUGAGGAAAAAGUUGCUGGCAAUUUUCAAUUCACGUCUUGUAGAUCGAGCCAUGGAAAUGUUUCCUUACAUCCUCGACCCGCAAAGACUUGCUGCAGAGAUCUUGACUCUUCAAUCUCAGGGUGGAGCUUUUUAAUAAAGUUGAAGGACUAGUCAAUGUUAUCAAGACUUUGGGAGCUUUUGGUUUUUAUGUCUGUUGUGUCCUACUGGAUAGCACCACCCACAGUGAAACCUCAUUGGUCCAAAAUCCUACAUAGCUGAAAACUCAUCAUGUUUGCUCAGGUCUUGUUGCAGUAAACAAAAUACAGUCAGUAUAAUGAUGAAGGCAUUUUUAUGCCAACUU